AUCAUAGAUGGCCGAGGAAAGCUCCUUCCUGUUUGCCGCUGAGCCCGCGACUCGCUGCCAAGGAGGGCCGAAGAAGAAAGAGCAGCGCAGGUAGCAAGAGGAAAUUCUGUUAUCUCAAAGACGGCAAUUAGAAAUUUUUGCUGCUUUGCUGCUUUCCUUCCAAACAGUUUUGUUGAAUGAUUCUUUCAGGCUGUUGAUACCGGAAAGAUCUAAAAAGACUUCUGCAGUGGUCCUCAAGGAUUGAUGCUGAAAAAGAGAAAGGAAAAAAUAAAAUAAAGCUAGUUUCUGUGGAGGAAAUGGCCGUCGCACACAAAACAGAGGCAACCAAGUGUCUCCUAAAAGAAAAUGUCGAUCCGGAAAUAAAAAUGGAAACGCAGUCUUCCUCAGGCCUUCAGUCCGGAGAAGGAAGGAAAAGAGAAGAUUUCCCAGAAACUGGGAAGAUUAAGCAGGAGUUUAUCCAUCAGGUGAAACAAGAGCCAGAAGAAGGACCAUCAGGAAAUUGGGAUGCCCAACUGCAAGAGUUUCUGAAGACGCUGCAGGCUCCUGAUUCUGGCAGAGAAAGCCCUUCACUGACCUGGAAUGACCCUAAAGCCACUCAGGUGCUCUCUCAGGGGAUGAGGGAUGCCAGCAACUGUCCCAGAGGAGUUUGGAUGACUCAGGCCCAGCCGCACCUGGCCGUUGAAGCCCAGCGGGAUUAUGAAAGUUCUCAGGAAGGGAGGGACCAAAAAGGAGCAGUGAGUAGUGGACCUGGGGCCAGGUUGGAGAAACAGCGCCAGCAGUUCCGGGAGCUUUGUUACCAAGAGGCUGAAGGGCCUCGCAAACUCUGCAGGCAUCUCCAAGAACUUUGCCACGAGUGGCUGAAGCCCGAGAAACACACCAAGGACCAGAUCCUGGAUUUGGUGACGUUGGAGCAGUUCUUGGCCAUCCUGCCUUCGGAUAUGCAGAGCUGGCUGAGAGAAAACACUCCGAGGACCUGUGCACAGGCCGUGUCCCUGGCAGAGAAGUUCAUUGUGAGACAGCAGGUCAAAGGCUGGAGCAAGCAGAUGAUGGGGAUGACGGAGGAGGAAUCUGAAAAGCCCCCCAAAGGAAACCAAGCUCUGUCGGAAAUGGUGAAGGCGCAACUUUUUAGAGAAGCCAAGCAGGAAGCUGGAGGGGAUGCAGAGUCACUGGUCGAUGGUUGGCUUGAGCCACAGAGGACGUCGCUGAAAACGGCUAGAGAGAAUUACUUCCUGGCUCCAAGCAAACCUGACGAGAAUCAACAUGGAGCAGAGCAGCAGGACAGAAACAAAAGCGAGGCUGAGACAGACGAGCCGGGUGGCUCGCAAGGGUUUUUCCAAGCUGCUACUGAAUCUCCCUUCCUCAACACGAAGGGGUCGUACGAUGCAGGCAGCCUCAGCCAAAGCCCCCACCUCGAUGCGUGCGAGAACCCUGACCCGGAGGAGAAGUGUUACAAGUGUUGGCAUUGCAGCCAGACCUUCGGCAGCAGCUCGGAUCUCUUGACCCACGAGAGGACCCAUGUGGCCGAGAAACUCUACAUCUGCUCCCACUGUGGAGAGAAGAAGAGAAUCCGCGCAGGGCAGUUCUCCCACAUCUGCUCCCACUGUGGGAAUAAUUUUAGCUGGAUUCCCAAAGUGAAGCUGAGCGCCGACCAAGAGAAAUGCUUCAUGUGUUCGGAGUGCGGGAAAUGUUACAUUCGGCAGACGGACUGCCUCAAGCACCAGAAAACCCACACCGGAGAGAAACUGUACAUUUGCACAGCCUGCGGGAAAAAGUUCAUCUCCUACACCUCUCUCAAAGUGCACCAGAUGGUCCAUCGAGGGCAAGACACUUUCCAUUGUUUGCACUGUGGGAAAUCCUUCAUGUCCAGGACACACCUCUUGCUGCAUGAACUGAUCCACAAGAACAGCUGCUCGUACUGCGGGAAAAACUUCAGCCGAAAAUCAGAACUGUGUGAACAUGAGAAAACUCACAGCGCCACAGAGUAGCUGCUUACCUUCUUUGAACUAUAGGAAAACAUUUUCUUGAACCUCAGGCCAGUUUGAAAGGCCGGCGAGACAACCUGAUCUCUUAAAAGCCUUAGAUGUGGUCAUUAACAAGCUCCCAAGUUUUAUUACCCAGGAUUUUUUAUUUAUUUUUUUAAACACGGCAAAAGUAAGAAAGCAAGUCAAAACUUUUACUAGAAAGUCAUUGUAAAAGGGCUGUGCGGGAAUUCCAAGUCGGAGGUGUUUAUAAGAGUACGAACACAGCAGUUCUCUGUAAUUGCGUAAAGCUGUUUUUGUCUUCGUAGGAUCCAGUGCCAGCUGGGAGGCAACUGCCUUGUUGCAAGAAAAGGCAUAGCUGGUUGGUAGACAGUUGCCACAUUGGCGCUCCAAAUUUGUUUUUCAGUGAUCAAAUCCUAAAUCAAACUGCAUGGUCCAGCUAUUAUCUAAACUUGAUUGUAAUUAAAUUUAAAGACAAACAAGUCAAACGGAGCAUUUUCAUGCUCCCAAUGCUAUUUUUUUAGAGAGCGCGCAAGUAGCACUUCAAGCUUGGGUCAGCCUUAGGAGAAAAAAAAAAUCGUAGAUGAAUUUUUGUUACAGAAUCAUAGGUUUGGAAGGGACCUUGGAGGUCUUCUAGCUCAACCCCCUGCCCGGUGAUGAUUUCAUAUAAAAAGAAACAACACCUUUUUGAUGUUGUGUAAACCAGAGGACUUCAAACUUGGCAGCUUUAAGACCGGUGGACUUCAGCUCCCAGAAUUCUUUAGCCAGCUAUGCUAUGCUGGCUGAAGAAUUCUGGGAGUUGAAGUCCACCGGUCUUAAAGCUGCCAAGUUUGAAGACCUCUGUUGUAAACUCUUAAGUUGGUUUGUGAACCACAUUUAAAUGCAAAAUUGCUUAAAAAAAAAAAAAUUAAAGUAGGAUUUACAUGUUCAAAAUGUUUGUAGAAAGCGACAUAUAUUAGAAAAAGAAAGCAUCUAGGCGCUUCUAAUGGCACAGCGUAGUAACAUCUUCAUUUAUUUGCCCAGAAAUGUUUUAUGGAAAAAUGAGAUGACAGACAGGAGCUGAUGUCAUGGAACUUGAUGCUGCACCUUGACAUUGUAUUUUUAAAAAAGAAAAUAAAAAUGUCCAGCAAUACAGCAGGAAGGAGGCAUUAUGGGCAGGCUGAAAUGGGAGAAGCCUUCCCCAGCCCAGAUCCAGAUGUUUUGAAACUACAGUACCCAGAAUUCCUAGCAAGGAUGUUCCUUGCCAGUUGUUAGACAAUUCUGGGAGUUUCCAAGACAGAAGUUUUUCUUUCUUUCUUUCUUUCUUUCUUUCUUUCUUUCUUUCUUUCUUUCUUUCUUUCUUUCUUUCUUUCUUUCUUUCUUUCUUUCUUUUUCCUUCCUUCCUUCUCUUUCCCUCUUUCCCUCAUUCCUUUUUUUUAAUUUUUAAUUAUUUAUAUUUUACAUUUCUGAAUUGCCAAGUUCCUUCAAAAAGGGGCAUCAAAAUAUAAAACAGUAUACAACAAUUAAAAUGUUGAAAGUUAAAAUCUUUCUCUCUUUCUUUAUUCCUUUCUUCCUUUUUCUUCCUCUUUCCUUCUUUCCUCUUUUUGUUUUUAAUUUAUUUACAUUUUGCAUUUCUGAACUGCCCAGUUCUCUCAAAGAGGAGCAUUAAAAUAUAAAACAGUAUAUAAGAAUUAAAAUGUUAAAAGUUAAAAUGUUUAUCUUUCUAUAUCUAAUUAUUUAUCCUUCCUUUCUACCUCCCUCCCUCCCUCCCUCCCUCCUUCCCUCCCAACCUUCUUAGCACUUAAACCAGACCUAUUUCUUCGUCAGUGUGUUUUAAGAUUGCAUUGCUAUGUCCCCCUUUUAAGCCAUUCUUUCUUUCAUCACAGCUUGUUUUCUUAGAGGACAUUCUGCUGAAUAUAAUGGGAGUUUCUGAUCUAAACGUUCUCAAAAAGUGGGGUCACAUACAUAGUAAGAAACUGGGAUAAAAGACUGCCUUGCCUAUCACCUGGAACAACCAUAGGCCCAAAUAAUAAAAGCUUGUAUGUUUAGCAACUUGCUGCUGUAGAAAUGCAAUGCAAUGGAUUUGAAAUACGAUGUACCUAGGAAGUGUGAGUCUGAAAUAAUACUCUUGUCUAUUGCAUUGCAUCGGAUUGUUGCAGUAGGAUUGUUAAUGCGCUAUUCUUCUGUAAAGGCUGUUGGCACAAUGAAAUAGCAUAUCGAUCAGCCUAAUGCAGAGGUCUUCAAACUUGGCAGCUUUAAGACUUGUGGACUUCAACUCCCAGAAUUCUCCAGCCAGCAUAGCUGUCAAGUUUGGGGACCCCUGGCCUAAUGUGUCUCUGUAUAAUUGCAAGCAAGAGGAAAAGAGAAAGGGAACCUUUUAAUUGGAAGCUCACAAAUGCAGCUGCACUGAGAGAGAUUCCUUCUUAGUCUCUUUUCUGAUGUUGUCAGAUUGACUGUCGCUAUUCAAAAUGUAAAAUGGAAUGGAAAUUGCACUGACCUGGCAGUAAAUAACCCUAAUUUUCCAUGGUUGAAUGCUUUUCUAAUUUUCAACAAUAAAAUAAAAUAUAUUUGCCUUGCAGCUUCA